GAUGGCAGGUCGUUCACUGUGUUGUUGGAGUCAGUGCACGUGCUAUUUCUUCUCUGCACCCUGCUGAUUACCUCUCACAUCUGACUCUCAACAAUGAUCGCUGAAGGUCACGUUUCACCGCGACGCACUUAUCCAAGUAUUGUGCAUCUUUUCUUGUGCGAUUUGAUUUACAGAUAACUUUUAAAUCUUAUCAAAGCAACCCGAGGCUGAAAAAUAGCAGUAAUGACAUUUACUCAUGUGUUUUGACCGGUAGAGUAGUUUUAGUCCACUUUAUAGGCGAGACAAACCGGACUAUGACUUGGUCAAAACUUUGCUGUGCGCUCUUUCGGAUGAUCCAGUGAAAAGUGUCAAAUCUUAUGUAGUGUAACCGUGCCAGAAAAUGUUAGGAAGUCCGUCAAACAACGGCGGCAUCAGAAUGCUGGUGCCCCCGGCUCCGAACGACGACAGGCGGGUAGAGUUUGUGGCGCUCACUGCUGUUCACACGGAGAGAAGCGAGCCAUCCACCCCGGAGCGCGGACACCCGUCUCACCGCACGGGUCUGCUGGGCACCCCGCUGCCCGGACCGCCCGGACCCCGGGCCAACGCGUCCGCCUCAAGCAAACGCUUCAGGAAGUUGCAAAACUGCCUGUACAACGUACUGGAAAGACCACGAGGAUGGGCAUUCAUCUACCAUGCAUUCAUUUUCCUGCUGGUCUUCAGCUGCUUGGUGUUGUCUGUGUUCUCCACCAUCCCCGACCACCAGAAGUUUGCCAACCAAGGCCUCUUCAUCCUGGAGUUUGUGAUGAUCGUGGUGUUUGGGUUGGAGUAUUUCAUCAGGAUCUGGGCGGCUGGCUGUUGCUGCAGAUAUCGUGGAUGGCAGGGACGGCUGAGAUUCGCCAGGAAGCCCUUCUGUGUCAUAGACUUCAUAGUAUUUGUGGCAUCGCUGGCAGUGAUAGCAGCUGGGACGCAGGGCAACAUCUUCGCCACGUCAGCCCUGCGCAGCAUGCGCUUCCUGCAGAUCUUGCGUAUGGUUCGUAUGGACCGACGGGGAGGCACCUGGAAACUACUGGGCUCAGUGGUUUACGCUCACAGCAAGGAGUUGAUUACUGCCUGGUACAUAGGUUUCCUGGUCCUGAUCUUUGCCUCCUUCCUCGUCUACCUGGCAGAGAAAGACAUCAACUCAGACUUUAACACCUAGCAGACUCCCUCUGGUGGGGGGACUAUUACUUUAACCACUAUUGGUUACGGUGACAAGACUCCUCGUACUUGGCAAGGACGACUCCUAGCUGCCGGCUUUGCUCUUCUAGGAGUCUCCUUCUUUGCCCUGCCUGCCGGAAUUCUGGGGUCAGGGUUUGCCUUGAAGGUUCAAGAGCAGCCGCAGAAGCAUUUCGAGAAGAGGAGGAUGCCCGCUGCCAACCUGAUACAGGCUGCAUGGCGUCUCUACUCUACAGAUGCCAAACACUCUUAUCUGACAGCUACAUGGUACUUCUAUGACAGCAUGUUGCCUUCAUUCAGAGAACUGACGCUACUGUUCAGUCACCUCCAGCGACAGCGUAACACCAAGAAGGUUCUCCACAACUCCUACCUCACGCUGCUGUCUGGGCUGCGGCCCUACAGCUCCCCCUACCUGUCGGGGGACAGCAGUAAAAUGGGCUUCCGGGAUCGGAUCAGGAUGAACAAUUCCCGAUCAUCCCAAACCAUUAGGAACAAGGCGUCACCGCUGCCCCCGGGCUCCGGUGUCCGCCGCUCUCCCAGUCAGGAGAACGUCCCCGAGCCUAUCAGCCCGGGGAAGGUCCAGAAGAGCUGGAGCUUUAAUGACCGCACACGCUUUCGCACCUCCCUUCGCCUGAAACCACGUCCACCUGCUGAUGUGGAGGGGGUCGGGGAGGACAGUGUGGAGGACAAACCAUAUUGUGACGUUGCCAUGGAGGAGGUAAUCCCUGCAGUGAAGACACUCAUACGGGCUGUGAGGAUCUUAAAGUUCCUUGUGGCCAAGAGGAAGUUUAAAGAGACGCUGCGUCCGUACGAUGUGAAGGACGUCAUAGAGCAGUACUCUGCUGGACACCUGGAUAUGCUGGGCCGGAUCAAGAGCCUGCAGAUGCGGGUGGACCAGAUAAUUGGGCGUGGAGCCGUUCAGCCCGAUAAGAAAGCGCGCCCGGAAAAGGGAGAGAAGACGCCGCCAGAACUGGACCCACUGGAUGAGCUAAGCAUGAUGGGACGUGUAGUCAAGGUGGAGAAACAGGUACAGUCUAUAGAAAACAAGCUGGACCUUCUGCUCAACUUCUACUCCCAGUGCCUAAAGAAAGGCUCAUCCCACUUCACCCUGUCCUCCCUCCUGGACCCCGACCUGACAUCUGACUACCACAGCCCAACGGACCAAAGAGACCUCUUCCCCUCUGCUAACACGCUCAACAUCUCUGAGAGCGGUAACUUGGAAUGACAGUGAGCUGAGCAGUCUCGCGGCUGUUCAAACACAGACACAAAACCCAUUACAGUACGUCUUCCUGCGGCUGAGUCCUCACUUCGAGCAGCUCGACCUUAAUGUCAUCAAUCAUUUCAUAUCUGUCUGGGAUUAUCUUUUUUUUUUUUGUACCCCUUCCAUCUCGAAUCUGCACCCUCACCUCUUUUUCCUGAAGUGAAUGUGUUCUCAGAGCUGAUAUGGACGGAGGCCACCAGAUGGCUCCAGCAGACAGGGAGCCUCAGCCAAAGCUGCUCACCGCACACGCCUCUCGACCCACGAGAUGAGGACAGAGAUGAAGAGAGGGCACAUAAACAUGUAUGACUAAACUACUGAACCACUUUCACACACUCACCUCAUGCUAUAUAUAAAUAUAUCUAUGCCUCCUUUAAAGCUUCAACUGUAGAUAAUCAGACUGGAUUUUGUAAAUCUUUGGAGAAAUCUUGUCUGUUUUUCCCCUCAUCAUCAUCAUCAUCAUCAUCAUCAUUUCUUUCUUUUUCUUGGCUGCUUGAAUCAACUGACUGAGAGUUUGCUGACUCAGCUGGCAUACUGCAAGUGCCAUGCCAGUCAUUUUUUCAGUACCUUAGGAUGGCUGUGAUGAAUGUAAUGGGUCCCACCUGCAAAUUUCACACCGCCAGUUAAGCACUGAAGGAGCCGUCGACACGGAAACUAUCUGCUCCCUUGGAGCUGGACAGUAUGGAGUUAAUAUAAA